GCGCGAGGAGGACAACAAUGCACCUGCCGUUAUUUUCGGGGGUCAGUAACGGAGGAAGAGAACGGAUGCGUGUUGUUCAGACUGGGACAUGGGACUAAUACUCCCUCGUGCACAGAUAGAAGAGGCACACCUGGAGUUUAGUGUUGCGUAUCUGAACUGGAGUUUACCGUUCCGUAUCUGAAAUGGAGUUUACCGUUCCGUAUCUGAACUGGAGUUUACCGUUCCGUAUCUGAACUGGAGUUUACCGUUCCGUAUCUGAACUGGAGUUUAUCGUUCCGUAUCUGAACUGGAGUUUAUCGUUCCGUAUCUAUGGAUUACGUCUGAGACGCAGCUUCUUCCUGUGAGGCAGAGGGGUGUGGAGGUAAUCAACCGACUAGAGGAGAAUGUGUAUGUGAGAGAGCAGCAUGCAGUCGGCUCCAGCAGGUUUGUGGGACCCCCAUGGACCCCAGUCUAAAGAUGUCUCCUCUCUCCCCGUACAUACACCCUCCGCCUCUCGCCUCUCCCAUUUGAUCGCUGCACCACCGACUAAGAGAAUCACCUUCUACAAGAGCGGCGACACUAAGUUUGCGGGAGUGAGGAUGGCCGUCCACAAACGCAGCUUCAAAUGCUUUGACGCACUACUGGACGACCUGUCGCAGAAGGUGCCCCUGCCGUUUGGAGUACGUACGGUCACCACUCCCAGAGGAAUCCACAGUAUUAAACAUCUAGAGCAGCUGGAGGACGGUGGGUGCUACCUCUGCUCUGACAGACGGCAGGCUAAACCGAUCAACAUAGAGCUGGCUGGCAAACGUCCCGCCCUCUGGCACCACAACAGUCGAAGAGUGCCACAGCGACCAGCAGAAGACCCUCCUCCUCCCAGUGCUCCAAGCCACACCCCAACACGGCAGCGACGCAUCCUAUUGGUCAGGAACAGCGACCCUGCAGUGAGGAGAAGUGUGAUUCUGAGUCGCCGCUCGGCCCGGAGCCUCCGAGUGUUUCUGGAGGGCAUCUCGGAAAUUAUGCAGUGUCACGUCAGGAAAUUAUACACGCUGGAGGGACGCAAGAUUGACAGUGCACAGAGCCUGUUGACGUGUCCAGGUGUGUUGGUGUGUGUAGGUCGAGAGCCCUUCAGACCUCUACUCCUGAACUAUGUAGCCAAGCACUCUGAGGAGAAACUACCUGGACUGGGGACGCGGUCACCUGGCAAUGGGGCCCGGUCUCCCGGUACUGGGGCCCGGUCUCCCGGUACUGGGGCCCGGUCACCUCGUAAUGGUCAGGGAGCUCGGUCACGGUCUAGUGUCUGCAGCGAAGGACAUGGCAGCAAGAAGAACGUGAACUUUGGUCUGGAGACUAAGAAGACCAUCAUCCAUCCUCUCUCAGACUCUUCCAACCGCUCCACCCGCUUCUCUCUGUCCUCUGACAAGUCCUACCCUAAUGGCCUCAGCAGCCAAGGUGGCAAGGAGGCGGUGCUUAACGAUGACAUCGAGAAACGGGUACUGGUGAACAAAGACGGCAGCCUGUCUGUGGAGAUGAGGGUGCGGUUUCGUCUCCAUAACGACGAGAGGCUCCAGUGGUCCACGGAGAUUAAGAAGUCUCCCUCUGACUCUCUGACCAAUGACUGCUGUCCCCUCAGGGAAGCCCCGCCCUGCUUCCUACAGCAUGGCCAAUCAGAAAGCUGCUCAGACCCUGACUCCGCCUCCUGUGUUGUUGAAGCUGCCGACUACACCCCCAAGCCUCCACAGCGCUCCCUGGAGGAGCCACAGUCACAUUAUGCCUGCUGCUUCCAGAGACAGGAGUAUGACCUUUGGGAGAACCCUGCCCACAUCCAGACUUCUAAGCAUUCACACUCCAGGGUUAGACACACCCACUCCUCAAGCUCCUCCUCCUCCUGCCGCUCCAGCAAGUUGGUGAGGAGGCGUGCGACCCACAGGGAGUGCUCAGAGCUCGGAAGGGUUGUAAAUGGAAUGGUGGAGGUGUGUACAGUCAGCAGCAGCUGCAGCCACAGCGAGCUUAGCCUGGGUGCCACAGACAACCAGGGGGAGGAGCGUCCUCUGUCUUGCUCCUCCCAUGUGCUCCAAGCACUUCAGGACGAUGUGGAUGACCUCCCUCCCAGCGUCUCACGCUGCUGCCAUAGCAACGACCCCCCACAAGCCCUCCCCUUGACCCCACAGCCUCCCAGCCCUAUGUCUACUUCCUCCAGGAGCAGAAAACACACCCCUGCCCUACAGGGAGAGGAGAGGGGGAGCAAAACCUCCUUCCGGCGUUCUAGUAACUCGUGCUCCUGCUGCAGAGGAGAAGUCACCCCUAAGGCCGACGAGGAGAGAGUGGACAGCUCGUUGUCGAAGGCCAGCCAAGCUUCCCACGGAUCCAGAUCUCCCUCCAAUAGAGUCAGGAUCCCUGUGGCUCCAGAGGAGGGAGAUGGUGAAGCUGAGCAGGGUGGGAAGAGGGCAGUCAGCGUCUCCGGUGGCUCAGGGGGGUCCAUUGGGUCAGUGGGGUCUAUAGGCUCCAGUGUAUGUUCUCACUGUGGGGGGUGUGACCAAGGUUACGACCCUGUGUCCUGCCACUCACAGAAGUCACAUAGGUCAAAGCGAUCUCAAGAAGAAGAAGAGGAGAGGUCAGGGAGAGGACUCUCAGGUGGCUCAGAUGAGUGUGGAUUUUCUCAGAGGACCAACAAGUCCAACUUUACCCACUUCUACCAAGAGGGCCGAGCAGCCAGCAUGAUGUCACACAUGUCUCUGCCCGAGGAGGGAGAAGAUACAGGGAAGGAGGGAGAGGUAGAGGUUGGAGAGAAAAUAGAGGAAGGGGAGAAAGACGAGAGAGCAGCCAAUGUCCUCUCAGCCAAAUGCUUCUCUUCAGUCAAGGGCAGGACCUCUAGAACCUCCCAGAAGUCUAAGGCCUCAGAAUCCCUUGCAGACAUGGAGGAACAAAUGGAAGAACCGAUGGAGGGAGAAGAGAAAGAGGGAGAGGUAGAAGAUGGAGGAGAGCAGAGAGCAGCAAGCAUUAUGUCAGUUAAAUCUAAUCUCUCAGCCAAGUCCAGCAGAUCUCAUACAUCUACCUGUAGCAAAGCAGAUGGGUCCACCAGAACUUCAGAGAGGGAGAGAGCAUCUCCCAGAUCAGAACCAGACGUCGCUGAGGAUACAGGAGCAGCAGAGACAGAGGAGAGAGGAGCCAGUGUUAUGUCAGCUAAAACUAACACUUCAGCAAAUUACAGCAGAUCCCAUAAGUCUACCAAAAGUCCUAAUGCUGCUUCUGCCAGCUCUGAAACACCUGACGUCAAUGCUAUUGAGACAACAGGUGAAGAGGAAGAGGAAGAAGUGGGAGAGAAAACAGAGGAGAGGUUAGAGAGCUCCAUGUCUGUUAGAUCUAACCUCUCAGCAAAGUCUCGUAGGUCCUGUAAGUCUACCUGCAGCAAAGCAGAACAGGUCCUUUCCGCCUACUCACCAGAGGUACCAGCUACUGAACCCGAACCUACUGGAGAGGAUGAGGGAGAGGAGAGAGCAACGAUCUCCACGUCUGUUAAAUCUAACCUCUCAGCCAAGUCCAGCAGGUCUCAUAAGUCAACCUGCAGUAGGAGUAUUAGAGUUGUUUCUCCAAAACCAGCAGCGAGUGAAACUCUAGUCAACGAUCCAGCAGACGUGGUUGCAGCGGGUGCAUUAUCAGCUAAAACCAAUGCUUCAGCAAAGUCCCUUGGGUCUUGUAAGUCUACAGGAGAUGAUGAGGGAGAGGAGAGAGAAGCAAGAGCCAUGUCAGCUAAAACGAGGGCUUCUAUCAAGUUCAGCAGGACCCACAAGUCUGCCUGUAAAGCUGCCUCUCCAAAGCCAGCCGCAUGUGAAACUCCUGUCAACGAUCCAGAGGAGAAAACAGAGGAAGAGAAGACAGCGAGUGCAUUGUCAGCUAAAACCAGUGCUUCUGUCAGAUCUAGCAGGUCUCACAAGUCUACCUGUAGUAGGAGUGUUAGGGCUGAGACGCCUGUUGCUAAAGACAUCCCUGCUAUUGAAACAACAGAGGGAGAUGAGAAUGGGUCUGCUGCUGCUGCCGGAGAAACAGAGGAGAGACCAGCGAGCGCCAUUUUGGAUAACAAUAAUGCCUUAGUGAAAUCUAGCAUAUCUCACAAGUCUACCUGCAGUAGGAAUGUCUGGGCUGAGACUCCGGGGACUAAAGACAUCCCUGUUAUUACGACGACAGGGGAGAGGAGAUGGUUGACGAUACAACUGCUGCUGGAGACACAGAGGAGAGACCGUCGAGCGCCGUCUCAGCUAAAACCAGUGCUUCUGUCAAGUCCAGCAGGUCUCAUAAAUCUACCUGCAGCAGGAGGGCUGAGAGUCAAAGAUCUCAACCAGCCGAUGUCCCUGUUAUUGAAACAACAGGAAGAGAAGAGGUCGGAGAGAAGAAAGAGAGAGCAGACAGUGUCAUGUCAGCUAAAUCUAAUGAUUCAGCAAUGUCCCGCAAGUCUAACAGGCCCACCUGUAAUGGAAGUAGUAGAGCAGUCUCUCCAGUGGCUCAAGAAGUUCCUGCUAUCGAGACGACAGGUGGAAAAGAACAGAGAGACAAAUCCACCGCCUCUGUCAAGACCAACAGGUCUCAUAAGUCGUCCAGUGGUAGGAGGGCUGAAACUCCAACUGCAGAACAAGCUGAUGUUAAUGAGACCACCGGAAGGGACGAGAAGGGAGAGGGGACAGUCAUCACAGGCCAAUGCUAAAUCCACCAAUCAGACACCGCCUGUCACCACCGAGACCAAAGAGGAGCCUCAAAGUCAUGCCACGAGCCGACCUGCCAGCACGGCUGCACACAGAGAUGAUGAUGUCAGAGAUCAUGUCACAGAGAAGAAAGCUCCCAGCGUACGUUCUAAGAGCCCUGCUAAAGCAGAAGGAGACUCAAGAGUGGCUUCCUUCGCCCGCUCCACCAGGUCAAAGGUGAAAGUUCAGAAGGCCAGCGAGGCCCAGGACGAUGAGAUGCCAGAGACAAGGGCCUCCUUAAUGCAAGUGAAAGGUCACAGGGUUAAAGCUCAGAGUGACACGGGCAGCGUUCACUCCGUGAAAACCUCCAAAACGGAUAAGAUUGUGAUAAAAGGGAAUUCCAAACCAAAGUUGGCCCAAGCGGGAAACACUACCUCCCAGUCCUUCAAUCCCCCUGAGGGCUCCAGACCCGCCAUCCAGCUGGGUACGGCCAGCGUCAGCGAUAGCCUCCUCUCCCAGUCCCUGUCUGCAGCUGACCUGCUCAGGGGGAACAUGGCCGCCUCGCGCCUCUCCAGCCCUGCAGGGUCAAAGGUUAGCAUCCCUGAUAGUGGGAAGAGUGGGAAGAGUGGGAGUAGCCAGAGGAGGAGGAAGCUCAAACAGGAAGAGGUGGAGCUAGAGGAGCUGGGUCCCCUCUGUCUGCCCAAAACCUCACCCAUUGACAUUGUCAGUGAUUGGCUGAGAGGCAUCCCUGCUGGCAGCGGCAUGGAUAACCCUGAAGAAGAGAUGAACGAGGGAAUUGAAGAGACAGAAGAAGAGGAAGAGGAGCAGGAGAACACGGCUGAAACAGGACAACAGGAAGAGGAAGAGGAGCAGGAGAACAUGGCUGAAACAGGACAACAGGAAGAGGAAGAGGAGCAGGAGAACACGGCUGAAACAGGACAACAGGAUGAGGAAGAGGAGCAGGAGAACACGGCUGAAACAGGACAACAGGAAGAGGAAGAGGAAGAGGAGCAGGAGAACACGGCUGACACAGGACAACAGGAAGAGGAAGAGGAAGAGAAGCAGGAGAACACGGCUGAAACAGGACAACAGGAAGAGGAAGAGGAGCAGGAGAACACGGCUGAAACAAGACAACAGGAAGAGGAAGAGGAGCAGGAGAACACGGCUGAAACAGGACAACAGGAAGAGGAAGAGGAGCAGGAGAACACGGCUGAAACAGGACAACAGGAAGAGGAAGAGGAGCAGGAGAACACGGCUGAAACAGGACAACAGGGUGAGGAAGAGGAGCAGGAGAACACGGCUGAAACAGGACAACAGGAAGAGGAAGAGGAGCAGGAGAACACGGCUGAAACAGGACAACAGGAAGAGGAAGAGGAGCAGGAGAACACGGCUGAAACAGGACAACAGGAUGAGGAAGAGGAGCAGGAGAACACGGCUGAAACAGGACAAGAGGAAGAGGAAGAGGAGCAGGAGAACACGGCUGAAACAGGACAAGAGGAAGAGGAAGAGGAGCAGGAGAACAUGGCUGAAACAGGACAAGAGGAAGAGGAGCAGGAGAACAUGCCUGAAACAGGACAACAGGAUGAGGAAAUAAAGAAGGCUGCCCGGCAACCAGAGGAAGAGGGAGAGAUAAGUCCAGUGUACGGACGCAGACUGAGCUCCUCUGCUAAAGGUCUGCUAGACUGUCUGGCCCAGCUGCAGCUCAUCGACCCACCCCCUUCUCCAGCUGCAGCCCCAGGCCCUGACCGGGACCAGCGGUACCAAGAGGUCAUGGAUAUACUAGAGUCACUGUGGCUGUCUAAGCCUGACCUCGAGAAGAGGAAGGAGGGAGAGGCAGAGGGGAAGGAGAGGUUGAAAGACUCUGGUGUGGACCUGAGCAGUGGCUCAGCAGGGUCUGGGGGUUCUGGGAAGACCAGACCAGAUGAAACAGAGACAUAUGGAGGAGGAGAGGGAGAGAUAGAUGGGGGGGGGGAGGAAGCAACAUCAGCAGAGCUGCUUUCAGACGCGGCUACCCCAGACAUCGCCAGCCAAGUGCAGAGCAGCCCAGGGGAGGAUGAGUCGUCCCCAGAGUCACCCCCAGGGACAGGUGAGAUGCUGCAGACCCUUGAGAGACUCAAAACCCCAGGGAGCCCAUCCUCUUCAGACAGCACAGCCUACAAAUCCCCCACUGACACAGAGACAGACACCCCGGAGGACACCCCCAGCUCAGGGACACCCCCGUCAGUCCAACGACCGCUGCUCACCAAGCGUGUCUCCCAGGACCCUGACCCGGUCUGGGUUCUCAACCUGCUGAAGAAGCUGGAGAAACAGUUCAUGACCCACUACGUGGACGCCAUGGCCGAGUUAAAGGUGCGUUGGGACCUAGACAACAAUGUGAUGUUGGACACUAUGAUCACUGAGCUGAGAGAUGAGGUGAAGAAGAGGAUCCAGAUGAGCAUUGAUCGUGAACUGAGGAAGAUUCGGGGACGGGCGGGCCGGGGGCCGCGACCCCCUAACAUGUCCCGGGAGUCAACCGUAACAGACCAGAGGAGGCGGAGGUUGAAGGUCAUGAAGGUCCAGUCGGUAAACGAGAGUGAUGGAGAGCAGGGUUCAGGCGAUGUUAGCGACCAGCGCAGUGAGGACGAGUACUGUCCCUGCGACGCCUGCAUACGGAAAAAGGCGGAGGACAAGGCAAUCAAAAUGGAGGCUGUAGUUGCCAAGGCGCCGGUGAUGAUGGCGUUUGAUCUGCGUAAGAUCCUGCAGAUGAAGAAAGACCCAGAGUCUCCGGCGCCCCCUAGCCCCACACAGGGGAAGAACAAUGACAAACUGGAAGAGGAGGAGGAACAGGUUGGGAAUCUAGAGGUGGUACAGGAAGACGAGGAAGAGGAGGAGAGAAAGGAGGAUAUUUUACCAACUGUUAUAGAGGAAGAUAUCUCUGAGAAGGAAGAGGAAGGAGUGACAGGGGGAGAGGAUGGAGAGGAGGAGGGACAGGAGAGUCACGGAGCUGAGUCUCUGAUGGGUGAAGUAGAGGAGGAAAUAGCUGAGGAGAUAGGGGCUGAAGAACAGGAGGAGGAUGGAGUGGUAGAGGGAACUGAGGAUGAGGAGGAAGAGGCAGGGGAAGGAGAGACGGGGUGUGAAAGUGCAGGAGAAGAUGUUGUGGAGGGGGCGGAGACUGGGGAGGGGGAGGAGUUAGUAGAAGGGGAGGAGGAAGAAGCAGGGGAAGCUGAAGCAGGAGAUCAGGAAAAAGCUGGAGGAGAUGAAGCAGGAGAUCAGGAGGAAGCUGCAGGAGAUGAAGAGACUGGAGUAGCGGGAGAGACAGGGGGAGAGGAGAAGACUCCUGAGGAAGAAACAGAGGUUAAUGUGGGGGUGUCAGCAGAGGAUGAGGAAGAGGGAGGAGAGGAGGAGGUGCAGUUGAAUGCUGUGGCGGAGUUUAAUCCUGAAGACGAGGAGGGUGAGGAGAUGGAGGGAUAUAGAGAAAUCCCUCUGAUCCACCAGAUGACCAGAACCUCUGUGGAGUCCCAGCCAGGAUCAAUGGAGAACACAGACCCGGAGCCCAGGGCAUCAGACCCAGUUUCACAAAUGUGCUCCUUAACCCUGAUUGAGCCCAAUGAAACUGUCUCUGAUAGACACCAGAUGGCAUCUGCGGGGGAAGGGUCAGGGGGGAAAGGCCAGAGGAGGAGCCGAUCUCCAGCCAGAACCAAACGCAGGAAACCAAAAGAGAACGGCAUAGAACUGGAUGUCCUAGAUCUGUAA